AAUAAAGAGGCAUAAAUUUGAUGGCUCUCUUCACUACUCCGAUCAUCAUCUUCUCCUUCUUAUUCUCACCAUUCUUCGAUAUCUCUACCGAUGCCAAAUUCUCCGAACAAUUCGCCGAAGCAACGACAAACUCCCCACACCGCACCGCCGAAAAGACGACACACCUCCAUUUCUACUUCCACGACAUCGUCAGCGGGCCCCACCCCACCGCCGUCACGGUGGCCGGCACGAAGAACAAGUUCGGCGCCACCGCGGUGAUCGACGACCCCCUGACGGAGAACCCCGAUCCCGGAUCGAAGGUGGUGGGAAGAGCGCAAGGAAUCUACGCCACCUCAUCAAAAGACACUGUUUCUUUGCUCAUGGUUUUGAAUUUCGUGUUUGUGGAGGGUGUGUACAAUGGAAGCGCGCUCAGCGUUUUGGGGAGGAACCGGUUUCUCGAGCCGGUUCGGGAAUUGCCGGUUCUUGGCGGGACCGGAAUAUUCCGGUUCGCUCGUGGAUAUGCUUUGGCGAAAACGGUGACGUUUGAUGUUGGAACUGGGGAUGCUGUCGUUGAGUACAAUGUGUUUGUUUUGCAUCACUGAAGAAAAAAAAUCAUGUGUUAUUAUUAAUUUAUUAUUGUUCACGUUUCUAAAUAUCAGGGUUUUAUUUUAUUUUUUAAUCAUAAAUUGCUGAAACUUUUGGUUAUUCA